AUGGCCUGGGGAACUGCUGGGAAAAAGGUAGCUUUGGGCUGCGGCUCCGGCAUCUCGGCGGCGAGCGCACGCUCCGUGGGAGAGAAGAGGCGUCUCGCGCACAGCAUGGCCAAACAGACAACCAUCAAACCACUCGCAGCGGCUACAACGACUACGACGACCGUGGGCAGCGCUGACGCAGGGAGGCCCAUGUCAUCAUCCUCCGUGGCUAGAGUCAAGAAACAAGCCCUAGAACGAGAUGUCAUUGUCUCGGUGCUGGAGUCCUCGGCUACGAGAAGGGAUGCCAAAGGCUAUCUGCAAAAGUACGCCGCCAAUCAACCAAGUAAACCGGAAUCGGACAAGACUACGGGCCUUCAGAACUCCAUCAGUGCCCCUGCCGUGUCAGAGCCCAUCAAUAUCGCCGUCAUGAUGCUUCGCGAUCCGCAGCAUCUCGUCCAGAGCACACUCGAUGGCAUUGCCAGGACCAUUGCGCAGCUGCGGGCGCUGGGCCUUCUCAGCGCUGUUGUCAUCGAGUGCACUGGAGACAGUAGCCGGCAGCUCUUUGACGACGAGGCGCUUCGGCUCUGCGAAGCCAUCGACAAUUUUGGCAAGCCCGGGGCCAAACUUAUCAGCGACAUCUUCCUCGGCAAGACCUCGGACGCGCACCAGCAGCUUUCAGCAUACUCCAACCCCAUCAAGGUCAGCGAUCGCGGCCUGCUGAAGCACGCAUUUCAGCACGAGCUUAUUCCCGUCGUCACGUCCGUGUCUGCACGCGACGAACUCCACGCGGCGGAACCUGCCAGCGCGGAGCAGACGGUGCUGGCGUUGACAGCGUUCCUGUCUGGCCUUCAGUUCGGGAGGCCCCCUCUUCCGGAUGCGAGCGGCAACAGCAAGAACAUCUGGCGGCCGGAAAAGAUUGCUUCGGUGGAGCGUGUCAUUUUACUUGAUGCGCUGGGCGGCACGCCGACCUCUGGUCGUGGUGUCGGCGUCUGCCAUCGCUUUAUCAAUCUUGAGCAAGAAUACGACAGGCUUCGUGACCAGCUCCUAGGGCCAGAGGGGUCACCAGCGACGGGAAGCCCCAGCGGCAAGCCGACUACGAACAACCACGUCUCAAAUCUGACCCUGGCCAAAGAAACGCUGACCAUCUUGCCGCCGUCAUCCUCGGCCCUUAUCACCACGCCUUUGGCGGCCGCAAACACGAGUCCGAGCUACUCGGAGCCCCGGUCAAUAAAGAUGGAGGAGAGUCAAUUAGGAUUCGAUGGCAUGGUGACUACACGCAAGAAGCACAACCCGAUUCUUCACAACCUCUUGACGGACAAGCCAAUGUAUUCGUCAUCGCUGCCGCUCCAGCGCAUCCAAGACGGCGGCUACAGAGUAGACCCGAGGGACUCUACGGCGGCUACGUUGGUCAAGAGGGGCAUGCCAUUAACCAUCUAUCCAGAUCCGCGGGAGAACCCUUGGCGGCCACCUCAGCCCGGCGCACCGCGCUGCCGGCUGACAGACAAGAACGUUGACCUGCCGCGGCUGGUGCACCUCAUCGACGACUCCUUCGGGCGCAAGCUGGACGUCCAGCACUACAUGGACCGCGUCAAAGACAACCUCGCGGGCAUUAUAAUCGCCGGCGAGUACGAGGGCGGCGCGAUCCUAACGUGGGAGAAGCCCGAGGGCGUGACGGACCAGGAGGCAUAUGAGCGUGGGCUCUGGGUGCCGUACCUCGACAAGUUCGCGGUGCUCCGGUCGCGGCAGGGCAGCGGCGGCGUGGCGGACAUUGUAUUCAACGCCAUGGUGCGGGACUGCUUCCCCGAGGGCGUCUGCUGGCGCAGCCGCAAGAACAACCCGGUGAACAAGUGGUACUUUGAGCGCUCAGUCGGCACCAUCAAGCUCUCCGACUCCAACUGGGCCAUGUUCUGGACGACGCUGGGUUUGUGCGGGCGGCAGCCGAAGCUGCAGCAUUACGAAUCCGUGUGUCGUAGUGUGCAGCCGAGCUGGGCAGACAAUAAUCAUAUUGUAGACUAG